UACGAGAGGGCAGUGGCCGCGGAUGACGAGGCUGUGCGGGCAAACCGGGAACUGCGCGACAGUCCAACUUCGCCGUCUCAUCUGUGCUGGCAGAGUAAGAUCAAUAUUGUCACACCAUCAUCACGCCCAUCCGCCAUUCAGACGCCGCGGGUCGCACAACGUGCUCAUGUCGUCGCAGGCAUGAAAGAAAGCAGAAUGAGAUGGAAAAGACGGAUUGAAAAGACGCGUCGAGAUUGCCACGUGAAAGCGCAUUGACGCAAUAGCGUGCAGUAGUUAGUCGGCGACACACACGACCACUUACUCGUUCCUAAAUCCGUCUGCUCGGUCCAUUCGCCCACGCUCUCUUUACUCUCCUCCUGCUGCUUUUUCUGCAUCCGUUACUAAAGCGAAAAGCAUUUGCGACCACAUUCACUACUCUUCUGCCUACCACCCCUUCUACGACUUGACCACAGCGAUAGCAGCGCCUGAUCGCCUCACCAAACGCCCCUUGUCGACGAGCACCGCGCACGGCGGGCCUCCCACAUUCGACCAUUACCACGCAGCGAGGCAGCCAAUAUGGCCUCGUGGCUCUCGGGCUGGAAUCCCAUCGUCUCAUUCCCUUCAUACCACGGACCCUACGAAGUCGGCACCGUCGACGUUGAGAUACCAGCCGCCGACCUCCCAUCGCCAUGCGAAACGCCCGAAAAUGCCGCUGAAACCAUCUCCUUUCGCAUCUUCUACCCUUGCCACAAACCCGAACCGUCGGAAGCCACGCGCCCUGUCCGAUGGAUCCCCAAUCCGCAGCGACCGACGAUGCGCGCGUUUGCCAAUUUCUUGGGCGUGAAGAAUCCAAAAGUCGCCAGCCUGAUAUCGUGGAUGCCACAGCAGCUGUACUGGAUCAGCCUUCCAGCGCAUCGAAACGCCAAACUGCUUGACGCGCCCACACGUAAUGGACGCUGGCCAGUGGCAGUCUUCAGCCACGGACUGGCAGGCAGCAGGAAUGCGUAUAGCUACGUGUGCGGUGACAUGGCGAGCAAUGGCAUGAUCGUGAUUGCACUAGACCAUCGGGAUGGCAGCAGUCCAAUUCAGUAUGUUCGCGAGACAAGUUCCACAAAAGCACGGAUAGUAGACCCUGUGAAAAUCAGCCAUGAGCCCAGCCCUGAAGUGUAUGAGGCGAGAGACAAGCAAUUGCGUAUUCGAUUGUGGGAGAUCAGUAUGGCAUACGAAGCUUUGACGAAAAUUGAUGCUGGCCAAAGACUGGAAAACUUGGAUAUUAACGCGAGCACAAAACGGAAAGAGCGAGUAGAAGUACUGUACAUGUUCAACGACAUGCUGGAUAUCCAUCGGGCAGGAAAAGUUACGUUUUCAGGACACUCAUACGGCGCAUGCACAACCGUGCAGCUGCUAAAGAGCAUCUUCUAUGCCAAAGACAGACCAGCAGACGCUGGAAAGCCUCUGCUCGUGCCCAAUGCCGACGCCGCGAUCGCACACCAGAUCAUGCCCGAGAGCCCGAUGAUACUCAUGGACAUGUGGGGAUUGCCGUUCAAGUCUCCCGAUCAAGCCUAUCUGUGGGAUAAGCCAUUGCCAUCCUACGCAAUCGGUGGCCCGGCCGGCUCAAACGUGGUUUCCAUUCUUUCCGAGGCAUUUUUCAACUGGGACGACAAUCUCAGCAUCAAUAAGCAUAUCGUAGGCGCUCCUUCCUUAUCUCGUCGUCCGUCGACGGCACCUCGACUUUCUCGCGCACCGGGACAGCUCCUGCCCGACUGGGCGCGCCUGGCACGAGAUCAAUCCCCAGGACGAGAUUCUGGCUACGCAUCAGGAAAUACUCCUCUGCGCUCCUUGCAUCGACAACGGAGUAAGGCUAGUGGCCUAUCUCAAGCAAGAUCAAGGACAUCGCAACCACAGACUACUUCUAGUCCAGACUCGGCGUCGCCAACCCGGACAGCAGGGCCGCAUCUGUUCUACAUCAAGCAAAGUCAACACUUUAAUCAGUCAGAUUUCGGUCUGCUCUUUCCGUGGAUUGCGAAGCGUGUGACCAAAGCCGAGGAGCCCGAACGAAUCAUGGAGCUCAAUUUCCGCGCUUUUCAGCAGACCCUUCGCGAGAAUGGCAUCGAAGUGGCUGGAGAGGACGACAAAGAAAUCCUCAGCAAAGAUGGAGACAUCCGUCGCUGGCUCCGCAUUCCCGUCGAGGACGAAACACUUUCACCCGCAGGUCCAGUGGGCAGCCCGCAGGCCAUUAGGGCGAUGACGAGGAAGCUGAGCGUCAUUUCCAACAAGAGCAUGCCGUCCCCAAGAGAUGGCAUGACAAUGGGAAUGAAAAUGGACGAUCAAAUGAAUCUGCCGAAACUAGAUCUCCCGGAAGCUGCAGUUCCCUAGAUCAGCGGUUUGCAUUUGUUACAAUUUGUGAUGGCAUUGGCACAAGAUGAUAUGAUGUUGUUUUUAGCGAGCGUGAAACAGGGCGUUUGGGUUUAUUGUUUCGUGAUACCCCGGAUCAGCGUCAUUGUGGAUGAUGCACAUAGAAAAAUAGAGCCAACUCCAGAGAAAAUAAAGACUAGUUUUCCGACCUAAGCCACCUUGUGCAGGCACUCGCAUUCCUUCGCGCCAUGCAACCAUGCAUGGUCUCCAGUCACCAACACACUUCGGACGAUUCUCGUCGCCACUUGACCAACUGCGAA